GCAAAAUGGAGUCGAUGCUCAGCCAUUUGAUUUUAUUGAGGCCUCGGCGAAUUCCUCUUACAGUGGAGUCUAGAGCCUGCGCCUCCAAUUGACCCGAGCUGAUGGUAAGAAACAUCACCCGAAGGAGGCUUUGCAAUAAUUUUCAAUUUUGGAUCGGAUUCACGAGCAACAGACCACCUGGAGGGCAUGGCACCACCAUUUUCCAUGGAUCAAUCGCCGGCGAGCUCAUCCGGAAACAUGGUGGACAGAGAAGCAAAUUACAGAGCGCCAUAUGGCAAACAAUUUCACACAGGAUAUCAUUUGCAUAUUCGUUGACACCACAAAGCUUGGGCCUGUGGCUGCUGCACAUCAUUGACGCGCAAGAAGGGGUUCUGGGGAAGUUGAGGUUGGGGUGUAGCAUCACAUCAAUUCCAGAGCUUAAUACUCCGUACCAACGGCGCAUUUGUGUCGAAUAAAUGGAAAAUCUCAACGGCGGUUUCAAGAAGACAGACAACACUCACUGUCAAUGCCUAACCACCAAUGUCAACGGGCAACACAAUUUCGCGGGACUUCUCCCCGGUUCAUCAAAGCGUUGAACUAGGUAUCAAGGCGCCGUUGUUUGCUGGCGUCCGCGGCAUUCGCAGGUCGGCUUUAUUGAUGGCCCAGAGCCAAAAUUCAGCACUUGGUUACAUGCGUGUUUCUUCUCAUAUGUCCAUGGGUACCUCGCGGUCCAAGACCCAUUGAUUCAUAGAAGGAUACACAAGCACCAUUACGCAAUGAUAUGCUGUGGUAGUCGGCAGUAUUGCGCUCUGGGAAUGGUGUACUGACAAUGCGAUUGAUUGCGAAAUACGUACAUGAUUUCGGUGCAAAGUUUAAUCUGUCGCCCAACUUGGAGGCUUGGACCAACAAACGCCAUAGCCUCAGGGGAUCAGCUGUGCCUGGCAAUCAGUGGAGAAUCGAGCCAGGCAUGGCGAAUCUUGGCGAUUUGGUUUCGAAACGACACUCUUCCACUAAUUUCAACGCGACCAUACAAACUGCCGACUGUAUCGUUUAUAUUGAAGCAGAUUGUUGGGUAUAAUUGAAGCUCCCCUGACCAUGCUCCAGACGCCCGAACCUUCGGCGAGUUUGAAAGUUAUUGAAACACACAUCAAUUCUCAGUGUUUUUGCAAAUCACCACGGAUGAUUGGGAUGCCACUCUUGGUGGGCAUACCUUGCUUGGAACAUCCAGGGACCAAGAAACCCUACCUCACAUCCCUAGGGUCGUCGGGUUUUUGGCCUGUUCGUUUAGAUACUCAGCCUUCUAGAAUCCUUCUUAUGGGCCCCUGACUCGAGAUCCCUGACAGCUAUAGCUUUGACAUCUUUCGGCGUCGCUGCUGACUGUUAGUCUUGAGGCGUGUGCUACAGAUUAAUGUCUAUUGACACCAGUGGCUGGGAAUUUGGCUGAGCGUGAUCUGUUGGUCAGCAUAGUUUGAUUGUCUUCAUUACACAGGCCCCAGCAGCCCGGUGGUAUUCUCUAUACGGAACAGCAACUAAGAUGCGUCAGAGGCUGUUGUAGUACAGGCUAUAUGUUGUGUAGCUACAGAGCUUUAUCAACUAUGACCAGUCAACAUGUUGCAUCGCAUGAAGGCCACCAAAUACCUCAGCAUGGAACCAAUGGUAGAGGUUCGGUCGCGACACUGCAAGGUGUCAUUGGCAAGCGGGCUGUUUGCCAUUUCUGACAGUUAUCACAUAUCAUACUGUCUGACAGCUUGGUUGCUGUCUGAAAAUGUAUCGUGCCGCUCAGAAACCACUGGCUGGUUCAUGCAUGCUUUGUAACCAAAGCGGUUGAAUUCAAUGCCAUGGCAAUUCGCCUAGUUCAAGACACCAUCAUCUAGAUUGUCUUGUUUUCUAUUGAUAGUCAAGACCAUCACACAACCCUCGUGUGCUGGCAAAUAUCAACUCCACAUCUCAAACAUAUUGGGGAUAUUUGCGACUUCAGCCUUGCCGAUCUCACCACACCAAUGUCUAGGCACCUACGGCACAGCAUAUGAGAUGUAUGUGCCCAAUUGUCGGGUCAGCUGGCUGUGUGCUGUAUGUAGGCUGACGAGUGCAACCUUGGAACCCUUAAGACGAUGAACAGUAAUCCUAGGGUACCCCUCGAGCCGCUGCUUUGCAUCUCAUUUGCUGUAAAAGUUGUGUUGGUGGUUGUGUUGGCAAAACCACUGAUGGGUGCUGCCAUAUGUGAGCCCUGAUCAACCAUUUGUAUGGUCUUUUGUUGAAGGUUGUGUCUGGAAUCGCUAGCCCUGGCUCGGGCCGGCCCCAUGGGUCGUCUUACAUAGGUGACCAGUCACUUUGUUGGCAAAGGUGGUCACCCUACUUUGAAGUAUCAGUUCGGGCUGGACUGUGUGGGAGUUUGCGAAGCCAGCACCUCGCAUGCCGUUCCUGGUGAGUUGCAGACGCUGCGGCAUGACAAACAUAGACAAGAUCGGAAGGGCGUGGCGCGGCAUCGUGGCCAUGGUAUGGUGCACUCGAUAUCAACAUCGCGUGAGAGGCCAUAGUGUGGUUCAUAUCCAGCAUCACGUAUAGAUGCAACGACCCUCUAUGCAUGUGCUUUUUGAGGGAUAAAUGUCUGGUGCUGCAUAGGCCGCCUUUUCAUCAUGAGACCAAUGAUGCAUAAAGUACCAAUUCACAGAGCCAUGGCGUCGAGCUCAAGGAUGCUGACUGGAUAUCAUAAUUCAUGGUGGUACUGGAAACACCUCGUGCGAGGAGAAAUGAUAUCAAUUUGACCCUCUGUCAGCUGAGUCUACCUCUGUUUGUCUCCCUUUGACGAGAUGCAGGUGAGUUAUCGCCGACAUGGCUCGGCAAUAUUCACAAGUCAUCAGUCAGGCGUCAUGCUUGGUGAUGCAAUUGAGCACAUGUCGUUGGAAUGGUUAAUCAGCCUCACCACCACAGAUAGUCAUUCUGACUGUGCUGGCAUGCCACGUCAACUCCCUCAACAGGCAACUGUUGAAGACCGUCUAUUCGAGACUAGUUUGGCAACUUUUCGACGGUCCGACACUAAUUGAACCUAACGCAGAAUGGGCUCUGUUUCGCAAUGAUAGGCACAGCAGCGUAGGAGUUGAUCCCAUGAGUCAGAUAGUGCAGGAUCAACCCCUAUCUAUUUGUUGUACAGUAGAGUUCACUAUUCAUGAGGAUUCGGCAUUUACUUUGUUUGACAACAGGGCUGAUGCAUUGAAUUAAUCUCCCACAGGCUUACAAUACCGGGGCAUCACGCCAUCACUCGCAUAUUCAUCUGGUCACGUUUCACGCGGCGAAGACCAGUUAUUGUCUGAGUUUUUGACGACAUGGACAUGGCAAGUUCUGCCCAAGAAGUAAAGACAGAGAGUGUGGUAGGGUUCCCCUUACUACCGCGAGAUGUGAAACGGCGAAUUUGGUCCCGAGUAGCUGGUCCUAGUGCGGGGGUGGACCUUGUAGGUACAAAAGUCUAAGUCCGUUGGGUGACAGCGACGGUUGUUUGGGAUAUACAUCUAUUUCGGUCGGGGCUAAGUACAUGACUUGGGGGCCAUGUCUAAACGUAUCCACGACGCAAACGAAUUACUCGAACAAGAAGUUGCAAAAGAUGAGAAUUUCAUGGAUAUUCCCUGCUCGAACGGGGGCCUCGGAACAGUUCAGAAAACUUAUUCUGAGAGCUAUGGCCCGGAUGGCAUCCCCAGAGCUUCUGGAAAACAUCCGCAAAGACCCACGAGUAAGAGCUCAGGCCCCAUCUCAUCUCAUCAUAUGCUGAGACAAGACCAAAUGUCCUGAGAGGAUUCUGAGGGAGAUGGAAGGGGCCUCAUCUCACCGGGGGUCUAACUCUGACACUCAAGUAAGAGUCUGCCCAGCCCAGCACAGGCACAACACCAGCACCGAAAGGCAUGAAAUUCAGCCUCUUGAGAUCCUGCGUUGAAUCCUUUUGGAUCUGUGCGGCAUUGUUUGAUGCUUGUGGUCCAAUCUUCUGACGCCGUUUCAACCAACUGUCACUGCCGCUAUGCUAUGCUCAACAAUGCCAUGCUACGUGGACCUGCUUCUGACCUCUGCUUUGGUCUACGGGACUCGGCAGCGGAUCGCCCGCGGCUUCAGCGAAUAUGCUAUUCAUGGAUAUGGCUUCCGCCUGUGCUGCAUGUUUCAUUCCAUGCAUGCUUGCUCGCCGGGCAUCAAAUUUACGCACAUGCCUUCGUUGUUGAGACCAACAAUCAUCAACCAACAUCAGGAUUUGGCAUGAAUUGACUCAUCACCGAGAUUUCACCCGACUGUUGGACAAAGUUUGCCUCAUCGGUGAAUGUGCUGGCACGAGACAUUACACAGGGAGGACCUGGGUUGAAAUGCGCAAUCUUUCCUGCGACUACCUGUCUGUAACCCACGGUCAGAGCCAUCAUGUCCGCUUCUCUCCGAUGAAGCAUCCUACGGCUGCUGUGCCAUGCUCGAAGCUCCUUUAACUGGCUGUCCUCUUGUCUUGGAGAUAUCCACGUCCGUCUUGGCAUGCUUAGUCGUCAUACCAGCCAGGGACUCACCCUCUUACAGAAACUCAUCCGGCGGACAUGACGUCGCGACAUCUCGGCAGCUGCCUCAUGCUGUGCUAUCUGCUUUUGUGUUCCUCCGCUUGUUGCCUUGCUAUGGGUUUCCGGUCAGUCAGCUCACUAGAUUAUGGUACGAUGGGAAACUCGACCUAUGCCUAUUGUUUGUGCUACGAAGGUGAGAAAGGCGGAUUGAGUUUGUGGAUUGUGAUAUGCCGUGUUGAGAGGUCAUUACGCGAGGUCAUCUGCCAAGGACAAGGAGAGUUAUGGCCGUCAGAUGAGUCUGCCUCUUGGUGCCUGUGAUCUUCUGGCCAGUUUCUGAAAGCUGUGAAGUGACGGAACCUCAUUGCUCGUAAUGUUGUUGCCUGUGAUUUUGACAAUGGUUUCUCCCCGAUGUCAGUUCAAAGACCACAAACAAGUGACCAUAAAUCAUAAUGGCAGAAUAACUCCAAUUACUCUCUUAAGUAAACCAACAUCAAGGGUCUUAUCGUCUUCGUAAUCGGACAAGCGAUUCUGGGCCUCACUUUUCGACACGGUUGAAGUAUAGGGUAGCUUGAGUUUGCAUUGAAGUCGAUGAACAUGAAAGCUGCUCCUGAGGUAAAAGCAUUAUAUGGUGCUAAUUUUAUAAGAACGAGAUGCUUCUGUAGUAGAUGGCUACUUUAUUAUUCAUAGAGCUGCUCCUAUUGUGUGAGUUUGUGUGGUUGUUGGUGAUGAGCUGUGGACUUGCUCCUGACAAUAGAUUUGAGUACUAGAGAUGAAAACAAGACAAAACAAAUACAAAAUAAGACAGAACAGAGAUGAAGCAAGGCUUUAAACAGCCAGGCAAUCACAUAUUUAUUUCUAAAGCGUCAUAAAUGCUGCAUCUUUCCAAGAUAUCUCACAAACAGCCCUCAUCUCUAUGUAAACAUCUCUCAUCGCCCAGCU